GUGUGGUCACGUCCGACGUCAUCACCGAAACCAUUUCUCUCAUAAGAUGCACAAGAGCAGCAGAGAGCUAGCUAUACAUUGACAAGACCCAGCAGAGCUCGAGUCAUUAAGAAGCAGUGCAGCGAUUGCACUGCUGCACUUUGCCGCCAGCUCAGAAAAAGGCCGGCGAAAACAAGCUCCUCGCGCGAGCUCAGGCUUCAGAACGCGUCCAUGGGCGAGGAGGCCGCGCCCACCGCGGCGCCGGCGAGCGCCCCGCCCCACCUGCUAUUGAUUUGUUUCCCGGGGCAAGGCCACGUCAACCCCAUGCUCCGCCUCGCCAAGCGCAUCGCGGCCAAGGGCCUCCUCGUCACGUUCUCCUCCACCUGCGACGCCGGGGACAAGCUCGUCGCCGCCGCGGGGGUGUCGGCUGGCGGCGACGGCGUGCCGGUGGGGCGGGGCCGCGUCCGGUUCGAGUUCUUGGAGGACAGUUUCCACGGGAACGAGCUCGACGACCUCAUGCGCCACCUGGAGACGACCGGGCCGGCGGCGUUCGCGGAGCUGCUCAGGCGCCAAGCGGAUGCGGGCUUGCCCGUGGCGUGCGUCGUGGUGAAUCCGUUCAUGCCCUGGGCGAUCGACGUCGCGGCCGACGCCGGCAUCCCCUCGGCGGUGCUGUGGGUGCAGUCGUGCCUGGUGUUCUCGCUCUACUACCACCACGUGCACGGCCUCGUGGAGUUCCCGCCCGAAAACGACCUCGACGCGCGGUUCACGCUCCCGGGCCUCCCGGCCCUGUCCGUCGCCGAUGUGCCGUCGUUCCUGCUCCCGUCUAACCCGUUCAAACUGCUCGCCGACACGAUCAUCAGCCAAUUCCGCACCAUCGACAAGGCGUCCUGGGUGUUCGUGAACUCCUUCACCGAGCUGGAGCGCGACGUGGUCGCCGCGCUCCCGGGCGUCACGCCGCGCCCGCCGGAGCUAAUCCCCGUGGGCCCGUUGAUCGAGAUCGAGGGGCCCGAGGACGACGGAGCGGUGCGCGGCGACCUGAUCAAGGCGGCGGACGACUGCGUGGGGUGGCUGGACGCGCAGGCGCAGCGCUCCGUCGUGUACGCGUCGGUGGGCAGCGUCGUGGUGCUGUCCGCGGACGAUGUCGCCGAGAUGGCGCACGGCCUCGCGUCAACCGGUCGUCCCUUCCUGUGGGUGGUGCGGUCGGACACCCGCCCGCUGCUCCCGGACGGGUUCCUGGACUCCGUCGCCGGCCGAGGCAUGGUGGUGCCGUGGAGCCCCCAGGACCGCGUGCUGGAGCACCGGUCCACAGCCUGCUUCCUCACGCACUGCGGGUGGAACUCGACGCUCGAGACCAUCGCCUCCGGCGUGCCCGUUGUAGCCUUUCCGCAUUGGGGCGACCAGUGCACGGACGCCAAAUUCCUGGUCGAGGAGCUCCGGAUGGGCGUCCGCCUCCGCGCGCCGCUGCGGCGGGAGGCCGUGCUCGAGGCCGUGGACGCCGCCGUCGCCGGCCCCGACGCCGACGCCAUGCUCGCCAACGCCAGAGCGUGGAGCGCGGCGUCGCAGGCCGCCGUGGCGCCCGGCGGAUCGUCGGACGCGCACGUCCAGGCGUUCGUGGACGAGGUGGCGCGGCGAGCGUGCGGAGGACAAGCAUCGAAGGUUGAGUCACACUCGUAAACAGCUAGCCGGCUACUUAAACACAUCUUAGAUCCUAUUUAUUUUAGUUUAAAAUUAUAAUAAAUAAUUUAUAGAUGGUGGAUUAUAAUAAGCUGAAUUAUGAUAAGCUAUAGGUAAAUAAGCUGUUUGGUAAUUUGGAUUA